AUGUCCAUUCUCCGGCCUCGACAGGUAAAGGUGAGUGGAGGCAACGGGUUGAUUGGCAGUGAAGAUGUCGCGUCGAAGAACAACUCUGUCUACAACCCUUCGACGGGUGGAUCACACCCACCGGACCCACCGACUGACGGCAUAACUUCAACGGUCCCUGAGCUCCGUCGCCUGACAACCACGAGUUCAGGGCUGGACGUGGCUUGA